UUUCUUUAAAUAGUCGUUGCUGUGUCCUCGGAAUACAUCUCUGGUAACGAUAUUCAUAACUGAAAUAUGACAAUAAUUCUACUAUUCUUUUGUAUCUGACUUGUGCCAAGUAUAAAGUUGAAGAUCCUAUUCAGUUUCAUAUCAUCGGACUGUAAAUUACUUUUCAUUAAUGCUACUUGAGUGAUAUCAAAAGCAAUUAAAAAAUCAAAACUUUAUAAGUCUAUUUUACGAUUCGUAUCGUAAAAUCGUUUUCAAAGUCCACCGAAAGAAAACGCGCUGCGAUCUUUUCGGCAUCUUUCUCUGAUGUUUGAUAGUAAAGCCUAUUACACAAUGCAAAGAAACAGGAACAGGAAAUAACCAAUCGCAUUGCUCGAUUUGGUCAUCCGUAUGUACCCAAAUCGUGUAAACGCGAAAUGCUCCGCGCCUCGCGGCGCUACGCCACUGCCGCCGACGUGACGUCACACCCCCACCACGACCACCGAGUGGGGGUAUAUAAGCCGCGCCGCGCCGAACAUCUAGCCUUUCCUAGGCUGCGGUCUGAAAUAAGCUUACGGCGCUCACGACGCUGAAGGCGCUUACAGGCGGUCCGAUUCAAAUAGCACGUUGUAGAUGCUUUCGUUUCGGACCGGCUAUAAGCUUGCUCACGUUCUAUAAAUGGAAAUAAAUCUCGUUAAAAUGGAGGCUGUUCAGCAAAAAGCUGUAUUGUUCCAAUGUUCGGAAUUGUGUUGUGAAAGCGAUGAUAGUGAUAUAGAAUUUGUGAGAUAUAUAUUUGUAAGUAGUGAUGAUAGUGAAGAGGAAAAUGUUAUAUCAGUCAUACAGUUACAUUUGAAUAAACGAAGAGAUAAAGUGGAAAUAAGACCUCGCGUGAAGAAUUAUAUUGAAAGAAUUGUUCCAAACUACACCGCAGAAGAAUUUAAAACGCACUUCAGAUUGUUGCCUGCAACUUUUGAAUUCCUGUUAGGAUUGAUAGGACCUGCAUUAAGUACAACGAAGUUAAGUGGAGGCAGGAAACCUAUAUCAGCACAAAAGCAACGCUAUAGUACAUCAAGUUUCCCGCGUUUAUAACAUCAGUGCUCACGGCGACCCACCGUUCGACCAUGGGCAGCGUGAGCACAGCAGGUAUGACGUCACUUCGCUAUGGUGAGCUCACUUAAGCCAUUUCGGAACGGUCGUGAGCGCGCCGUAGCGCUGUGAGCGCGUUUCGGACCGCAGGGCUAGUCGGGCGCUCCCGACUCCAGUUCGCCGUACGGCCGACGGGUCGCGCUACGUUACGACUACGUCUUCCGACUAAUUGUAGACCAGGCUUUAUAAUUACUGCACAAGUAGCACCUCCGACCCAUUUUUCAUAAAUGUCUUCAAAAAGAAGAAUAAAAUCAACCGACACGUGAUCGACACGAACCGUAAUUCGUAUGCAUAUUUAGGUUAGACUGGCAAUUUCCAACGCAUGCGCAAACGGGCCGAGGUGCACUAUCUCUACCGUUCUAUGACUCUAUUCCAUACGCUCUAUUCCGUACCAUGUGACUUCAGCCUUAUGAAAGAAAGCGAUAAAUCAAAACUUUUGCGGAAAUGGCGGAUUUGCAUGUGAUUUCCUUGAAAAGGUUAACCUCCAAAAUUCGCCGUCAAAACUUGAUGUACUUGUCGCGUUACGUACGAGAGGUUAGGUUUGACGUCGCGGUAUCGUCCGGUGCGCCUAAUAGAGAGAGUUGCCGUCCUGGAGGUACGUCGUUGCUCGUCGUUCGCGGCAGGACGGGUUAUAAUUCACCGACGUAAACCUGACACGUACGAUCCACGAAGAUACUUCAAGUCCGAAAUGCCGACGUGAUAUUCGCAGGUUCGCGCCAUCGUUCUCGUUCGCGGCGCGAACCUGCGAAUAUCUCGUCGGCAUUUCGGAGCACCUCCCAGCACAUCGCGCCGAACACGUCGCCAGUGUCACUGGAUGCUCCAAUCUUGCGGCGAGGAUCGAGGCUGCGGGAGCGAGCAACGAUGCCCAACGGAGCGAAUUUGAGGUAUACCUGCGUAAA